GCCGUUGGGCGUGACGUCAGAACGCCUUCGAGCUCGAAAAUGUUUGGGAGUGCUGGGAUCUUCGCAGGAAUUUCCGACGUGGAAAUAAUACGAGUUUAUCUCUGGUAAACCCGGGCAAAAACCAGCGGCUCGGCGCGCCGUGGCUUCCUGCGCUCCGGCUUGGUUCUUGGGGCAACCCGAAGACGAAGUUCGUCGCUUUUUCGGUUUGUUUGCGGAGUGAUGUCGAAUCCUGGCACCCGAAGAAACGGGUCUAGCAUCAAAAUCAGACUGACAGUUUUAUGUGCCAAGAACCUGGCCAAGAAGGACUUCUUCCGGCUGCCGGACCCUUUUGCGAAGGUGGUGGUGGACGGGUCUGGGCAGUGCCACUCAACCGACACUGUAAAGAGCACAUUGGACCCCAAGUGGAACCAGCAUUAUGACCUAUAUAUUGGGAAAACUGACUCCAUCACCAUCAGUGUGUGGAAUCACAAGAAGAUCCACAAGAAGCAGGGAGCGGGUUUUCUGGGCUGUGUGCGGUUACUCUCCAACGCCAUCAGCAGGCUGAAGGACACCGGCUACCAGAGGCUGGAUCUAUGCAAGCUAAACCCGAGCGACAGUGAUACCAUACGAGGCCAAAUAGUUGUCAGCCUGCAGACCCGAGAUCGCAUAGGAAGUGGAGGACCUGUGGUGGACUGCAGAGGACUCCUGGAAACGGAAGGACCUGUGCUAGAGGACUCAGGCCCUGGGCGGCCGCUCAGCUGCUUCUUGGAGGAGCCCCUACCCUAUACAGAUGGUCCAGGGGCAGCUGGCGGGGGCAGCUGUCGCCUACUCGAGUCACCCAAUCAUGAGCCAAGGCUCCAGCCGCAGCGAAUCAGAAGCCAGGAGGGCCGCGGGGGGCACGUGCACAGUACACCUCAGAACCGACCGCAUGGGCGCCAAUCCCCCGAGCUGCCCGAGGGCUACGAGCAAAGAACCACUGUCCAGGGGCAGGUCUACUUCCUGCACACACAGACCGGCGUCAGCACGUGGCAUGACCCACGGAUACCACGGGACCUCAACAGUGUCAGCUGUGAAGAUCUAGGACCACUGCCCCCUGGCUGGGAGGUCAGGAGUACAGUAUCAGGAAGGAUUUAUUUUGUGGACCAUAACAACAGGACCACCCAGUUCACUGACCCCAGAUUACACCACAUUAUGAGCCAGCAGUGCCAGGCGAAGGAGUCUAGCCAGGCCCUGCCUGCGCAGAUGGAGCUGCCCGCGGAUGACACUGGCGAGGGUGAGCUGCAGGCGCGCUGUGAGCGAGACCUGGUGCAGAAGCUGAAGGUUCUACGGCAUGAGCUGUCCUUGCAGCAGCCUCAGGCCGGCCACUGCCGCAUCGAGGUGUCCCGUGAAGAGAUCUUUGAGGAGUCUUACAGGCAGAUCAUGAAGAUGAGGCCAAAGGACCUGAAGAAGCGGCUGAUGGUGAAGUUUCGUGGAGAAGAAGGCCUGGACUACGGCGGGGUGGCCCGGGAAUGGUUGUAUCUGCUUUGCCACGAAAUGCUGAAUCCCUACUAUGGCCUCUUCCAGUAUUCCACAGAUAACAUCUACACUCUGCAGAUAAAUCCUGACUCCUCCAUAAAUCCUGAUCACUUGUCAUACUUCCACUUUGUGGGUCGCGUCAUGGGCCUGGCCGUGUUCCAUGGGCACUACAUCAAUGGCGGCUUCACGCUGCCCUUCUACAAGCAGCUGUUGGGGAAGCCCAUCCAGCUGUGUGACCUGGAGACGGUGGACCCCGAGCUGCACAAGAGCCUGGUGUGGAUCCUGGAGAAUGACAUCACAUCUGUGCUGGACCAUACCUUCUGCGUCGAGCACAAUUCCUUUGGGAAGUUCCAGCAGCACGAACUGAAGCCCAACGGGCGCAACAUCCCGGUAACGGAGGAGAACAAGAAGGAAUACGUCAGGCUCUAUGUAAACUGGCGCUUCAUGAGGGGGAUCGAAGUCCAGUUCCUUGCGCUGCAGAAGGGCUUCAACGAGCUGAUCCCCCAACAUCUGCUGAAGCCGUUCGACCACAAGGAGCUGGAGCUGAUCAUCGGGGGAUUGGGCAAGAUCGACCUCAACGACUGGAAAGCCAACACGCGGCUGAAGCACUGUGUGGCCGAUAGCAACGUGGUCAAGUGGUUCUGGCAGGCCGUGGAGUCUUUUGACGAGGAGCGGAGGGGACGGCUGCUGCAGUUUGUCACGGGCUCCACCCGCGUCCCCCUGCAGGGCUUCAAAGCACUACAAGGUUCUACAGGUUCAGCAGGACCAAGGCUAUUCACCAUCCACCUGAUAGAUGCUAACACAGACAACUUACCGAAGGCUCAUACGUGCUUCAACCGCAUCGACAUUCCACCCUACGAAUCGUAUGAGAAGCUGUACGAGAAGCUCCUGACCGCUGUGGAGGAGACCUGUGGCUUUGCGGUGGAGUGAGGAUGACACCGGCUGCCGAGUCGCCAGGCAGUAACCGCAUACGCUGGGGUGGGUUGGGGGAGGGAGGGGGGAGAGCAUCGUAACCAGGGGUAGGACACCGGCCGGAGCGGGACCCUACCAGUGCCAUCCAAAGGCGGUAGUGCAAUGAGAGCGGAGCGCUCUCUAAGGCAUCUUGGGGGAUGCCUGGGGGGGCUCCCUGCUCACAGCCGGGGGGCCGUCUUAAAACAACGUGGAAUCGUUGAUGUCUGCCCAGAGCAGGGGAGCCAUUCAGCUCAUGGUUGCUGCAAUACACAGAGCCACACUCAACUAGUCUGUGUCGAGGAGCCCUUAAGUCCAGGGUUAAGCUCUUUGAAACUGGGCCCAGAUGAGAGACAAGCCAAUCUACCUAAAGCAAACUCGAUAGGAGGGGUUUAGCCGCCAAGGCAAAAUACUUCAGUCACAUGUCAGUUAGCAUUUUAGCUAUUAUAUGACAUCUACCUAUCUGUUUUACUUUUGUCCUGCUUUUUUAUAUCCUAUUUUAAUAUAUUAUGACAGAUUUAUACAUUUUACUAGCACACGUUCUUCUGUAACUGACUUUUUUUGUUCUGUUAAGUCCUGUACGUUCACACAGCUGCCUGUCUGCAUGUGUCAUGGGACCCCAAACGUAGACCUCUUGAUGUUUGGUGACACAGCAGAGCUUCUCCUAGAUGUCACCACCUGAUCUAAUCAAAAGAAGUUUGGGUAACGUGGCCUAAAGCCAUCCACCGUUAGGGCACAUUUUUAGGGAUCUUGAAGGGCAAACAGUUUUCAGGAUUUUAAGCUUGAAUUUUAAUUUUCUUUUAUACGGAUUAUUUGCACAUAGGAAUGAUUUAAUUCCCAGAGCUUUGCUUUUUUUAUUCUCUAAUUUAUUCCUUGUCUGUCGUAACAAGGAGAAAUGGUCGCUCAAUUUAAAUUUGUAAGUCUGUGUUGACGGAUUCAGGAGACAUUUCGUAAACACGGUACCCCGGAGCUGGUUUGUUAGCUUUUCCUGAGAGACUACAGGUUAAUUCCGUGACACGUUAACAGUAUGUCAACUUUGGAUCCAAAAUCCAUGCUACUAACAGUACCUGUCUGUGUUAAUAUUUUGUGAAUAAUCUUUAAAUCGUUUUAAUGGAACAUGACAAAGAAAUGAAUAGAAUGUAUUUUUUUAAGAGUUCGGGAUAUUCAAGGAGGGUUAAACACCACACUGCUUUUACCUGCUUGCUGUCACGAAUGCAUGAAAUAUUUAAAAUAUUGAGUCUGUAGUUAGAAUGCGCAGAUGAAAAUGAGUUUGUCAGUGUUGCCUUUCCUCUGGUUAAGCAGUCUGAUGCACUCGUCCUCAUAUACCUGUGAAAAUGCAGCAGGCUCCAGAUUCCAGGCGUGUCGUGAGAUGAUAAUCCGCGCCGUCCGGCCUGCAGCUCCCAGCCGUGAGCGGGAACUCCAAGUAAAGCCUGGUGUUGUCCGACUGAGAGCGUCAAGACCUGCUCUCUCCUCAGUCCGGCUUGUGGGAUGAUGUCCUCAAAGCGGUGGACCAAUGUCAAUAACUUGGUUUCCCCACAUAAAUAGUAUCAGACCGGUGAAUGAGAGGGUGAAAAGGUCUAAGAUUUCAGUGUGUAUUACCGACAAACAUGGAGCCAGGCUAUUGUAUGUGUGUCCAAAUGAGCCAAGUCCAUUUAAUUUUUUCUGUGUUCCACAACCACUUGAUUUGUAUAUUUUUUUUAAACUAAUUAUUUAUUACUAUGUAAUGUCAUUUACGUAUUGCUGCUAUCAUUGCUAUUCCAUACUUUUCAGAAAAGCUGAUUUGUGAAAACUGUACACUAAUCUCUGUAUUUUAUGUAUAAAUCAAAGUAUUUUAAAACUGCUGCUAUUAUGAAGAUAAGUGGAGCGUUCAGAGACUGACGGAGCUGACUGCGAGUCAAGGCCAGGCCCCGGAGGUCUCCUUCAUGUUUGUGAUAUAUGCAAUAAAAUCCCACGACUUUAUAUUCUG